AUGUCACCGAAGGAAGCUCACAACACAGCAGUCACUUCAUUCAAUCAGAACCACGCGUCUUAUGAUGUAUUUAGGCCUUCAUUCACACCCCUACUCGUCAACCCGUUCCUAGUUGAUCUUGGUCUCGCUGAGAAAAUAGAUGCUGGAAAUGGAGAUGGAGAUGGAUUCAAAUUCUUUACUGAGAAAAAAAUCGUUGAGAUUGCUUCAGGCACGGGCAAAUUCACCAAGAAUCUAGUUGAGAAUGGCUGGAGCGAGAACUUGACAGUGGUUGAGCCUUCAAGUGGCAUGUUGCAGACAUUCCGCAAAAACUUUCCCGAGAUUAAAACCAUACAGGCUUCGAGCUAUCGAACCCCGCUCGAAGACAAUUCCGUGGAUGCCGUCAUUAUAGCUCAGGGGUUCCACUGGUUUGCAGACGACGACAGCUUGAAAGAGAUUAACCGAAUUCUCAAGCCGAGCGGCAAGUUGGGAAUGAUUUGGAACUUCGACCACUUGUCAUCAUCGCAGGAUGCACCAGCUGAAAAGAGUCAAUUUUACAACGCGGGAAGCCGUUAUUUUGAUUCGCUAACUUUCAAAGGCAAUAACCUAGAUGUGCUUACCGAGUUCUUUGCUAAUCAGAAAUGGAACGAGGAGGCCACCAAGUACGUCUGGAGCUUGGAUGUCAAUGUGCCGCAAUACAGACACGGCAAAUGGAGAAAAGUUCUAUUAACUAGCCCUUAUUUUAAACAUGACAUUUUGGACUCCUUUGCCUUGUAUGACCAGGAGAAAAGCAAAGACGACGUAUGGAAGUACUGGGAGACUAGAUCGUACGUUACCGACUUGCAAGAUGACAAAAAGGAAGAAAUCAAGGAGCAUCUCGCAAGUUUGAUUGAGAAAUAUGCAACGGACGAGAGCUAUACCGACGCCGACAAGAACUUGUUGAUCAAGCCUAUCGGAAUACACUGCGUUGUUGUCAGCGUCAACAAAUGA